ACAUACAUCUCUAAACAAAAUGAAUUCCUUAAAUCUGAAUGGAUUCUUAGGUAUGUAUGCAGCGUACCCGAAAUGCACUUUUCCAUAGGCAAUACUUAUGUAUGCAUGUGAUUUAUUUUCCUUUUUAAUCAAUUAGGGGAAACAAGGCAGCACAGUGAAAUAGUGGUUAGUACAUCUGCCUCGAAGUUCUGGGGUUCAGUGUUUGAAUCUGAUGACAGAUUUAAAAUGAAAUGAUAGAAAUUUGCAAAAGUGUCCAAAAACCACCGUUUUUAUGUUGUCUUCGUGGUGUUCGUUAAGAUUUAUGUAUGUAUCUCGUUUAGGAGGCAUUGCAACUGUUUACGCUCACCAGUCCUGCCAAUCAACAAUUUUAUUCUAUCGAAAUCUACGAUUUGUUGCAUUGAUUUAGCUGUUUUCCUUCAGAUUGGUCAUCUAAAUUGUGUGUAAAAUAUCUGUCCACCAUUUAAACCACACAUUAUUUUUCUUUAACUUAUCUACAAUGAAAGCGUACGUAAAAUGACAUCGUACCUAUUAAAAAAUAUUUAUCAACAAAUAUGGCCUUUGAACGCUAAAGUCUGUUCACUUUGACUGUCAAUCGCGUUUAUAUGCAGGGUAUUCUAACAGCGCAAAUCGUGUGUUCAUCUCGCGAGAUCUACAACUUAACGAGACCCAAGUUGGCGUUAAUUGGUCAGUCGCCGAAACGUGACGACAAAGUUUUCCCAUAAUUGGUGUUUAGGGGGAGGAAGUGGCUAUUUCCGUUUGGCUAAAUCUUUAAAACCCUAACGUCCUGUCAUGUUCUUAUGUUGUUCCUUCUGUGCUUUUAGGUAGCCAACAUGUCGGUAGACAAACAGACCGCUGCUGCUCGAGUGGCCCAGCUGCCCCUGGUACGCUCUGCCUACGCCAGGCUGUCGGUGUUGUACACGGAUACAAAAAGCAGCGACGCCAGACUGAAACGUGUUUGUGAGGGCCUGGAGAGCAGCGUGACCGUGUUGGGUUCGACGGCUAUUCGCCGAGUGUCACCAGUCAUCUCUAAGCUGAAACCGCAAGUUUCCUUUGCCAAUGAUGUUGCUUGCAAAAGUCUGGAUUGGUUAGAGGCAACCUUCCCUGUGCUGCACACACCCACUGACCAGCUUGUGGAUGAUGUUAGGGGUAAGGUGCUGGAGGUCCAGGAUGCGGUGACCAUUGUGGCACAUGGAACUGUGGACUGUGUGCAGCAUGCAGUGUCAGGUAUCAUGGUGAGGGUGCAGCAAUCAGAUGAGACGCUGGUGGGAAGAGCUGUCACUGCGUCCAGCAUGGGACUGACUUCUGCACUGAAUGUAUCUGAAGCUCUGGUGAAUCGUAUGCUACCACCGCCAGCGGAAGAUAAAAAAGAAGAGGUCGUCUUAGUUGAAGGUUCUAAUGCAGCUGCGUACGAGAGGAAGUACUCGGUGCGGCUGAUGACACUUUCCAUCACGCUGUGCAGGAGAACUAUCCAGCUGGCCGGAGCCAAGAUGCAUUCUGCUCAGAUCAUGGAGGCUCUUUCCACAUCUUCAGGUCAGCGUCGUAUCCUGCAGUCAAGCUGGCUGGCCCUGACGUGGAGUUUGGAGCAGCUCCCAUUUAAUCUACAGCAACAGAUUGUGUCAGCAUUCUUUUACUUCACAGAAAUGUACAACUUAAGAGUCACCCAACAGAGCGGCUCCAACCAAGAUAGUGUGCGCAACAGUGCAGCCGCACCACCAGAGGCAAGUCUAACUCCACUUAGGGGCAGCAGGAAUAGUCUGCAGCCAAAUUCUAACUGGCGAGCGAGGAGACCCGCCAGCAUGUCUGUGAUUGAGAGCCGACUGAGCUCAUCAGGAAAAGAAGUGGGCAUUGUUGACUGAUUUCACUGAGUGGUUGGUGUACAAGUUUAUGUAAAUAAAGGCAAUUUAAAAUUGA